AUGCCAAAGGUGUUUAAGAAAAACAAACACCAAAAAAUUCAUCACAGUUCUGAAAGUGCCCAAGGACAAAUGCCAGAAAAUUCACUACACAAUGCCAAAGGUGUUCAAGAACAAAUACCAGAAAAUUUAUCACAGUGCCAAAAUGCCAAAGAACAAACACCAGAGAAUUCACCACAUAAUGCUGAAGGUGUUCAAGAACAAAUACCAGAGAAUUCAUCACAGUGCCAAAAGUGCCCAAGGACAAAUACCGGAAAAUUCACCACACAACACCAAAGAUGUUUAAGAACAAAUACCAGAGAAUUCAUCACAGUGCCAAAAGUGCCCAAGGACAAAUGUCAGAGAAUUCACCACAAUGCCGAAAGUGUUCAAGAACAAAUACCAGAGAAUUCAUCACAGUACCAAAAGUGCCCAAAGACAAAUACUGGAGAAUUCACCACACAAUACCAAAGAUAUUCAAGAACAAACACUAGAGAAUUCAUCAAAAUAUCGAAAGUGCCCAAAAACAAACACUGGAGAAUUCACCACAUAACGCCGAAGGUGUUCAAGAACAAACACCAGAGAAUUCAUUAUAGUGCCAAAAGUGCCCAAAGACAAAUGCCGGAGAAUUUACCACACAACGUCAAAGAACAAACACCAGAAAAUUCACUACACAAUACCAAAAUUGCCAAGAAGAAUUCACCACAUAAUGCUAAAAGUGUUCAAGGACAAACACCCCACAUAACGCCGAAAGUGCCCAAGAACAAACACCAGAGAAUUCAUUACACAAUGCCGGAGACAAGCACCAAAGAAAAAGAACUCACCACACAAUAUCGAAAGUGUUCAAGAAAAAUUUACCACACACUGCCAAAAGUGCCCGAAAACACGCACCAGAGAAUUCACCACAUAAUAUUAAAAGUGCCCAAGGACAUGCCUAGAGAAUUCACUACACAACAUCGAAAGACAAUACUAGAAGGUUUACAACGCCAAGGACAAACACCAAAGAUCAUAUGCCAAAAAAAUGCCCGAGGACAAACACCAGAAGAUCCACAAUGCCGAAUAGAGAAUUCACCUUACAUUGCCAGGAGAGCACAGAGACACACUAUAUAA